AUGGAUAUCAUGCUUGAGGAGCCGGCUCCAUUUGAAAUGGUCGCCGCGCUACCUUGGAAGCUGCAACAAGAUCUUCUGACACAAGUAUCGGCGGACCGACGCGAGAAGCUAGAUUCCGAGAAGCGCAGAGGCCCCGUUCCAUUGAUAGACCAAGAACAGCGGGACAAUAGGGACGCCAAUGCAGAGUUCAUCGAGAAGCAUGCAGAGCACUUUGUGAAAUGGGGUCACCCGGACUUGGACACAGCAGACGCUUUCUGGCAGAACUUCCUCGGAUGGGCAGACAGUCUUCAAUCUUCUGCUAACGAGGGUGCUGACGGGGUCUACGACGAUCCGGUGCUGCUGGUCAAGAACUCAGAUGAUUCCCUGAUUCGCUUCAGCAUCUGUCCACGCUUCGUCAACGAACCAUCGGAUUAUGACUGCGGACAUUUCGAACACUUCAGUCUCUCCGAUCUGAUCUCAUCGGAACUGAUGGUACGUCGCUUACCAGCUCUGGCCGAUGCACCGGGCGGCCAGUUCUUCGACCAUGGGGACCUGUACGAAUGGAGACAUGGAGAACUAUCCGUGAGAAUCGCUGGUGACACUGAAGGACUCCAGGGACCGGGUAUGUGGUGCGAUUUCAUAGGUGACAGGGACUGUGUGAGAAGUGCAGAAGUGUACCUCAACGCGCUGCUGAGCCCCAUCGAAGAACAGUACUGGAACAAUCGUCGAGGACGGACUGCCUUCGCUACGCGCUAUAUGAAGUUGUUCGAAUCGGUCGACAUCGGAUCAGCUACGGGAUGA